CUAAAAAAACGGGACGGGUAUGGGUGUACCCAAAUACUCGUUUCCCGUUGCCCACCCCUAAUUUUUCUCAGGUAAAUCAUCAAUUCUCCAAUCAAUCCAUACUAUACAGAUAGGUACCAAAUACACUUGUCAUCGCUAGGAAUUCUCCCACUGAUUGGGUAUAAGCCGACUAUCGAGUGUGGCGAAAUACCAAUCAUUCCCAAAAGAAAGUUGGUCGGGGAAUAAAUGGUGAUGAGUGUUGCGAUUUAUGUUGGUUUCAUAAUCAAUAUUCAAUAUUGUUGUUUCCACUAAUGUUCAACAUAUGUUAUCUCAAAAUUUCAACCGAAACAUUUUUUAUUGAUGAGAUAGAAAUAUUUGAAUGCACGUUACCCAAUUAUUUUUAAUACUUUUACUUAAGUAAUUUAAAUUUAUCUUUUAUCUAGUUCUAUCUUUUUUUGUUAGAUAUAAUUUCCUCUUAUACAUCAUUUGAAACCAAAUGCAUCGAGAAUUCCGAACAAAAAACUUUUCAUUUCAAAAUAAUUCUCUUAAAAACUUAUAGAAUUCCAAACGAUAUGGGUUUAGUGACUGAAAUCUCUCUCUUCUUUUCUUUGAAGACUUAGGGUUUUCGAUCGUUGUUUUCGGAUGGCAGCCUCGUCAUCGGGCGGUGAUGGCAUCACCUGGGCGUAACUAUUUGAAGUUGCACUGAGAAUCGUCUUCGAUUUCGUCCUCCAGAGAAAGUGAAGGAUGAGUAUCGUCUUCCCAAGGAGGUGAAAGAGAAGGGUAUGGAGCGCUGGAAAGAUUCGUUGAUUGGCCAAUUUGUUGGCAGUCGACCAAAAAUUCCUGCUCUUCAGACAUGGGCAAAUAGGUUAUGGGGGAGAGACGGUCUGGUGCGAGUAUCCAAGUUUGGGCCGAAGCUAAUAGUGUUUUAGUUUCCCUCGGUGGCUUCGUGUAAUUGGGUAUUGCAAUCGGGGCCAUGGCAUCAUCAGGGUAAUCCUAUCUUCUUCAGGAAGUGGCACUCUGAGAUUUAGCCUUUGUCUCUGCAGGUGGAAACUCUGCCGAUCUGGGUCAAUAUAUGGGGUUUGCCUUUGGAGUAUGUAGCUCAGGAGGGUUUGGAGUGGGUAACGAGUACUAUGGGUAAGCCUCUAUGGAUGGAUCAGAAAAAUAUAGUGGGUGGUCAACUGGGGUUCUCUCGGGCUUGUAUUGAAUUGAAGGCUGAUUUUGGGUUUCCUUCCAAAAUCAAAUUUUAUCCGGAUGAUGACCCGAGUUUGAAGUGAAGGUGUAGUAUAGCAAUCUACCAACAGUGUGUGCAAAGUGUGGUACAAUUGGUCAUAAUUGUGAUGCGACUUUGGGUCCAAAAAGAGUAUGGUUGCCCAGGCAAAGCUCAGUAGUUGCAGAUGGUGUGGUUCGGGAUCAUCCUGUUUCAGAGGAAGUGUUUUGCGAUGCGUUGACUAAUGAGAUGCAAGCUGUAGUAGAGGUGGAUAUGGGUCAAGUUCUGGUUCACUCUAGCCCUAAUCAAGUUGCUGAAGUGGUUAUGGGGCAAAACGAGAUUCUCUCUAAUCCUAAUCAAGUAAGGAGCCCUCCAUUGAGUUUUGCUCAUGUAGUUAGAGGGUCACCAAAUGCUGGGAGCCCUGUGACAACUGAGCAGUUGACUAGAUCACUUGAGUCACCAUUGUUAAAUGAUGUGAGCUCGAGGGUUGAGUCAGAUCAGGGAGGGAUAGAGGGUGGAUUGGCUAUUGUUAGUAAGGAAGUGCAUACUCUACAGGUUGAUAAAGGAAAGAAUAUUUGGGUUGAAGACUCCCAUGAGGCUUUUCAAGUGGCAAAAAGGGGAGGUAAGGGUGGAAAGGGGAAGAAGCGAAUGAAAUGAAGAUACUCACCUGGAAUACUAGGGGGUUUGUAGCUGAUAGUAAGUAUCUAGAGGUACGUAGGAAGAUAAAUAAACAUAAUAUUAGUAUAGUAGCUAUACUUGAGCCGAGAAUUAGGAAAAAAGAAGAUAAAAAGCUAGUAAUUAAGAGGAUUCUAGAUUGGGAGAAUGAGAUUACAUACUCCUUGGCUGGGUUGGGGACGAUUUGGCUGGCUUGGAGGAAGGAUAUUUCUUUACGUAUCUUGCACUCUACUGAGCAGUUUAUUCAUGUCCUUGUAAAUGAUGGUGUGUCUUUCUUUGCAACGUUUGUGUAUGCUUCAAAUGAGGAGAAGGACAUGAGGCAGUUGUUUGAUGAUCUGAGGAAUAUUAGAGUCCAGGGAGCUCCUUGGAUGAUAUAUGGGGAUUUCAAUGUGAUCAGAAGUCAAGUUGAAGCUUCAAAUGUAACACACUUUAGUACAAGUAUGAAGGAUUUUGACAAGUGUAUUAUGGAAUUGGAACUAGAAGACCAUCAGGCAACAGGACCAUGGUUUACUUGGCUUAACAAGCAAGACGCUCGUCCAAUUGCGAAAAAGUUAGAUCGGGUGUUGGUUAAUUUUGACUGGUUGGAUAAGGUGACAGAGAGCUCAGUUCAUCUUCAGAAGCCAGGAGUCUCAGAUCACUGUCCAAGUUUGGUGGACACUGAGGCUAUAAAGCAAUCACUGCCCAAACCAUUUAAGUUCUUUCGAUUCUGGACCAGACAUCCAAAGUUUGAUGAGCUACUAAAGAAGGCGUGGGAUAGUGAGGUAUCAGGGUCACCAAUGAUCAAAGUUUAUAAAAAACUGAGAAUUCU